CGGAAUGAUCAGCAAGCUGGACAGUGUGCUCCUGACGCAGAAGAAGUUUAUCUUUCACUAUAAGAACGUGCGCUGGGCUCGUGGGAGACAUGAGACUUACCUUUGUUUUGUGGUGAAAAGACGCAUUGGCCCUGAUUCCCUAUCAUUUGACUUUGGACACCUACGCAAUCGCUCGGGCUGCCAUGUAGAGCUGCUUUUCCUGCGUCACUUGGGUGUGCUGUGUCCUGGACUGUGGGGUUCGAGUGUAACCGGUGCUAGAAUGUGUUACUCAGUGACCUGGUUCUGCUCCUGGUCGCCCUGCUUUGAAUGCGCCAAGCACCUUUCCAACUUCCUGUCGCAGACGCCAAACCUACGGCUCAGAAUCUUCGUAUCACGACUGUACUUCUGUGAUGAUGAGGACAGCCAAGAGAGGGAAGGACUGCGAACCCUAAAGAGGGCAGGAGUGCAGAUCUCGGUUAUGACUUAUAAAGACUUUUUCUACUGCUGGCAAACGUUUGUUGCACGGAGACAGAGACGUUUUAAAGCCUGGGAUGGCCUUCAGGAAAACUCUGUCAGACUGGUUCGAAAACUCAAUCAGAUCUUGCAGCCCUACGAGACUGAGGAUCUGCGGGACUGUUUUACUCUUCUUGGGCUAUGACCACACAUGAGAUUCUCAAAUCGAUGAACACUGAGAUAAAAAGAGAUAAAGGAAAAUGGUGCUGUUGACCUGAGAUGCG